AUGGGUCAGGAUUACUACAGCAUCCUGGGCAUUAUUAGAAAUGCAACAGACGCGGAUAUUAAAAAAGCGUACCGAAAAUUAGCCCUAAAGUAUCAUCCAGAUAAAACUGCAGAUCCCUGUGCAAAUGAAAAGUUUUUACAGAUUGCAGAAGCCUAUGAUGUUCUGAGUGAUUUAAGGAAAAAAGCUACUUAUGACAAAUUUGGUGAAGAGGGCUUGAAGGGAGGCAUUCCCUCUGAAUUUGGUGAAACAGGAGCUUGGACAACAGGAUAUACUUUUCAUGGCAAUCCCAACAAAACCUUCAGAGAUUUCUUUGGUGGAGAUAAUCCAUUUGCAGAUUUUUUUGACACGAAAGCAGAGAUAAAUCUGGGAUUUGGAGGAUUACGAGGACGUGGAGUUAAGAAACAGGAUCCUCCUAUUGAACGGGAGUUGCAUUUAUCUUUGGAAGAUUUGUAUCAUGGAUGUUUGAAAAAGAUCAAAAUCUCACGCAGGGUUAUGAAUGAAGAUGGUCACACUUCAAGCAUUAAGGAUAAGAUUCUAACCAUUCAAGUUAAACCAGGCUGGUUGUCAGGAACCAAAAUCACAUUCCCAAAUGAAGGAGACCAGGGUCCAAAUAAUAUUCCGUCAGACAUAAUAUUUAUUGUGAAAGAGAAACCCCAUCCAUGGUUCUGUCGUGACAAAAAUGAUCUCAUUUACAAUGUUCCUAUAGAGUUGGCAAAGGCUUUAACAGGUUACACUGUGGAAAUUGAGACACUAGAUGACAGGUUUCUCAGCAUUCCAAUCAAUGACAUUGUCCAUCCUAAAUACACCAAGGUAGUCCCAGGAGAAGGAAUGCCUUUAUCCAAAGAUCCAUCAAAAAAAGGAAAUCUCAUCAUCCAGUUUGAUAUCAAAUUUCCAGAUAAACUCACACCGGCAAAGAAGAAACUGAUUAAUAAAGCAUUACAUAUUUAAAGGUCAACAUGGCAAGAAGAACAGUUAUUUGCAUGUCAGUACAGGGAGAACUGUUUAUCCAUUCUGAAAUAUUGAUAUGAAGAUGAAUAAUUAUAUUAUACUGCUAAAUUACAAUGUGUAUUUAUAAAUUUUAAGCAAAAUUAUUACCAAAACAAAGUUUCCUAUUUGUUUAUAGUUUAAAAUUUUUUACUCCAAGUAAUAAUGUUAAAUAACUGAGGAUUGCAAAGCACAUUUCAUACUGCAUGCCUUUGGAUGAAUUGACAAUGUGGUCACGUUCAGUGAAUAUUUCAUGGGAUCUUUUUGGAGGGUGCUCAUUCUUCUGAGAACCAUUAUGAACUCUUCAAUAGCCAUUGAAAACGACGGUAGCCUCAUAGUAAUUUUCUCUCAAACCCCAUUUUCCCCAUAUAACACAAUUUCUUCUGAUUUACAGACUACACCUUGUGUAUCUCAUGUUUGUAACCCCUUCCACACCAGCCCAACCACUAUCACCAUCCUUUCUUGCCCUUAAGUCUUUUGAGAUUCUCACUUGACCAGGGAUCAGUGUCUAAGUAAAUGAAUAAAGCUGAGGACAUCCUGAACUUGACCUCACACACGCACAGACUUAGAAACUGAAACUUUUGUAGUUAGUCAGAAGUGGGAUAUACAGUAGUGAGUCACCAACCACAAGUGGUCCAAAUGUCAACUCUGCAGAGGGAGCAAUUGCUAAUUCCAGUGCAGAGAAUUCAGAUGAAGUCUUGGAUGAAACCCUAAGUUUUAGGAGGCAGGUACCUGAGCAACUGUCAGGAGAAGGAAAGGGAUUAGGCAGAAUGUGCAGAGUACCCCUGUGGCUAUUCCCUUCAAUAAUUAGUAUACUGCUUUGGAUACUGUUGGAGGGAUGAACCUGGGAGAAGUCGCAGCAAGCAUGUCUCUGCCACUGAGUCUGGAUCCGUUGCUGUGAAGGGAAGGGAAGGAAAGAGGCGAGCUGGAGUGAUAGGGGAUUUAUCGGUUAGAGGAACAGAAAGGAUGUACUGUGGAUGAGAAUGAGUUUCCCAGAUGGUUUGUUGUCUCCUGGGUGCCAGGGUCAGAGAAACUUCAGAUCAAGUCCAAGGAGGUUGAGCAACCAAAGGUUGUGGUCCACGUUGGUACCAAUGAUAUGGGUAGGAUGGGUGACAAGGACAUCCAAAGUGACUUUAGGGAGUUAGGUGCAAAGUUUAAGGAUGGGACUUCCAGGGUUUGAUCUCAGGAUUGCUACCUAUGCCAUCUCCUAGUGUGGCCAGAAAUAGGAAGAUCAUACAAUUUAACACUUGGCUAAGGAGUUGGUGCAAGAGGGAGGCCUUCUAAUUUUGGGUUCAUAGGGCUCUCUUCCAGGAAAGGUAGGACUUGCACAGAAGGGACAGUUUGCACCUGAACUGGAGGAGGACUAAUAUCCUAGCAAGAAGAUUUGUUAGUGCUGCAUGAAUGAGAGUAGGGGGUGGAGCUGGGAUAUACACUAGAGUUACAGGGGCAUGGGAACCAGAGUGCUAGAACAGAUAGUAGAAUGGUUGUGGAGAAGUAUGUUGUUAAGUCAUGUACAAGAUCAGGAAUCGAAAGGUUAAACAUGGUGGGACUAAUGUUCUGAGCUGCAUAUAUUUGACUGCAAGGAGUAUUGCAGGAAAGGUGGUUGAGUUUAGAGCAUGGAUCAGCACAUGGAAUUUGUGGCAUUGUAGCCAUUAGUGAGACUUGGUUGCAGGAGGAGUAAGAUUGGCAGCUCAAUGUUCCAGGGUUCUAUUAUUCUUGACAUGAUAAAGCAGGUGGGAUUAAAAGGGGAGGGGUGACAUUACUAGUCAGGGAAAAUGUCAUGGCAGUGUUCAAUCAGGACAGACUGGAGAGCUUGUCUAGUGAGGCUUUAUGGGUAGAACUGAGAAAUAAGAAAGGUAUGACCAUGUUAAUGGGAUUGUAUUAUUGACCACCCCGUCUGCAGGAUUUAGAGGAGCAAAUUUGUAGGGAGAUCACAGACUGUUGCAGGAAACAUUAGGCUGUGAUAGUAGAUGAUUUCAACUUUCCACAUAUUGAACUGGGACUACCAUACUGUAAAAGGGCUGGAUGGGAAAGAGUUCGUCAAAUGUGUUCAGGGAAGUUUCCUUAACCAGUACAUAGAAGUCCCGACUAGAGAGGGUGCAAUACUAGAUCUCCUAUUCAGGAAUGAAACAGGGUAGGGUAGUUUGUGUAGGGGAACACUUUGUACCUAGUGAUCAUAAUGCUAUUUAUUCAAGGUAACUAUGGAAAAGGAUAGGUCUGGUCCUCGGGUUGGGAUUCUAAAUUGGAGAAAGGACAAUUUUGAUGGUAUCAUAAAGAAUUUGGGAUAGGUUAUUUUCUGGCAACGAUGUACUUGGUAAGUGGGAAGCCUUCAAAAGUGAAAUUUUGAGAGUAUAAAGUUUGUAUGUUCCUGUCAGAAUAAAAGGUGAGGAUAACAAGGUUAUGGAAACUUGAUUUUUGAGAGAUAUUGAGGCCCUGGUUAAGAAAAAGGAGGUCCAUAGCAGGCAAAGGUAGGAAGGAAUAAAUGGGGUACUUGAGAAGUACAAGAAAUGUGAGAGAAUACUUAUGAAGAAAAUCAGGAGGGCAAAAGAAGAGACGAGGUUAGUAUAGCAGACAAUGAGAAGCAGAAUCCUAAGGGCUUCUGCAAAUAUAUUAAGAGCAAAAGGAUUGCAAGUGAGAACAUUGGUCCUCUGGAAGAGUAUUGUGGUAAUCUAUGCAUAGAUUCGAAAGAUGGGAGAGAUCUUAAAUGGAUAUUUUGCAUCUGUAUUUGCUUAGGAGACAAAUACCAACAAUCUGUAUGACGAAGUGGUAAACUGGAUCAGCAGAUCAACAUGGACCCUAUACAGAUUAUAGGUGUUCGCUGUCUUGAUGCAAAUUAGAGUAGAUAAACCCCAGGGCCUGACAAUGUGUUCCCUUGGUCCCGGUGGUAAGCUGGUGAAGAAAUUGCAGGGCCCUAGCAGAGUUAUUUAAAACAUCCUUUGCCAUGGAUGAGGUGCCUGAGGAUUGGAGGAUAGCUAAUGUUAUUCCAUUGUUUAAGAAAAGCUCUAAGAAUAAGCCAAGAAGUUAUAGGCCAGUGAGCCUAACAUUAUUAGUGGAAAAAUUAUUGGAAGGUAUUCUAAGAGACCAAAUAUUUGUACAGAUAGGUACUGAUUAGGGAUAUUCAGCAUGGCUUUGUGCGUAGUAAGUCAUGUCUCACCAAUCUUAUAGGGUUCUCUGAGGAAGUUAUCAGGAAAGUUGAUGAACACAAGGCAGUGAGUUGUUAACGUGGACUUUACCAAGGCUCCUCAUUGGAGGUAGGUCAAGAAGGUUCAGUUGCUUUGCAUUCAAGAUGAGGUACUGUAGUAAAUUAGAUUAGACAUUGGCUUCGCAAAUAAAGCAUGGGAGUGGUUGUAGAUGGUUGCCUCUCUGACUAGAGGGCUGUGACUAGUGGUGUGGCGCAGGGAUCGGUGCUCUGUCUGUCAACAAUCUGUAUGACAAAGUGGUAAACUGGAUCAGCAGAUUGGUGGAUGACACCAAGAUUGAGGAUGUAGUGAAUAGCAAGGAAGACUAUCAAAGUUUGCAGCAACAUCUGGACCUGCUGGAAAAAUGGGCUGAGAAAUAGAAGAUGGAAAUUAAAGUAGAUGAGUAUCAGGUGUUCCACUUCAGAAGGACCAACUACGGCAGGUCUUACACAGUGAAUGGUAGGGCAGUGAGGAGUGUGGUAGAUCGGGGAGCUUGGAAUACAGAUCCAGAAUUCCUUGAAAGUGGCAUCACAGGUUGAUAGAGUCAUAAAGAAAGCUUUUGGCACGUUGGCCUUCAUAAAUCAACGGAGUUGGGAUGUUAUGUUGAAAUUGUAUAAGAUAUUGAUGAGGUCUAAUUUAUUGUGUGCAAUUUUGGUCACCUAUCUACAGUUUCAAGCAUUCAGGCUUAGAGAUACCAGAAACAGCCAUUGGUGAAAAUGAAAUGAUUUCACUACUUCAGCUAUAAAGAAUUUGAAGGUAUCAACAGUCAUCCUGAAUGUUACAAUGAAAAUGAAGUUUUGGAGGAUGCAACUGUCAAAAAUUGUAUGAGGGCAGUCCAUUAUCCACACUGGGUGUCUGCACUGAUAUUGUUCACUUAGACUAGUAAAAGAACACGGCACUGUAAUUCCUCCCUCAAUAACUAUAGGGAACAAAUUAAUACACAGUUUUAUAGUACUGUAGUAGUAUUCGUAGUGUUCUAAUUUGUUCUGUAUUUCAUUUAAAUACAUAAACGGUUACUCAAUUAAAUAGUAGUUUAUCUUUUAUAUACCUUUCUUAAUUAUUUCCAUGAAAACAUCAGCUAAUUGGAGCAGCUGCUUAAUUGGACUAGAGUAUAUUGGUCACUAUUUGUCCCAAUUAACCGGAAUUCACAGUCUAUAUAAAAAAAUUAAAUAAGUGCAAAAAAAAGAGCAAAAAAAAAGAAAAUUAGUGAGAUAGUGUACAUGGGAUCAAUGUCCAUUCAGAAAUCUAAGGCAGAGAGGAAGAAGCUGUACCUAAAGUGUUAAGUGUGCAUCUUCAGGCUCCUGUACCACCUCUUUGAUGGUGGCAAUAAGAAGAGGGCAUACCCUGGGUGAUGCGGGCCCUUAAUGAUAGAUGCUACCUUUUUGAAGCAUCGCCUUUUGAAGAUGUUCUGGAUGCUGGGGAAGCUGAGGUCCAUGAUGGAGCAGGCAGCUUUCUGCAGCUCUUUCGGAUCCUGGUGAUACACCCAGUUAGAAUGCUCUCUACAGUACAUCUGUAGAAAUCUGUGAGUCUUUAAUGACAUACCAAAUCUCCUCUAACUCCUUAUGGAAUAUAGCCGUUGAUGUGCCUUCCUUGUAAUUGCAUCAAUUUAUUGGGCCCAGGAUAGAUCUUCAGAUAAGUUGAAUCCCAGGAAUUUGAAACUGUUCACCCUGCUGAUCCCUUGGUGAGGACCGAUGUGUGUACCUUCAACUUCCUCUCCAUGAGGUCCACAAUCAAUUCCUUGGUCUUACUGACGUUGAGUGCAAGGUUGUUGUUGUGAUUAUCACUCAGCCAGCUGAUCUAUCUCACUCCUGUAUGCCUCCCUGUCAUCAUCUGAAAUUCUGCUAACAAUUUUACAGAUGGCAUUUGAGAUAUGCCUAGCCGCAUAUUCAUGGGUGUACAGAGUGGAGCAGUGGGCUAAGCAUGCGUUCUUGAGGCGCGCCAAUGUUGAUUGUCAUUGAGGAAGAGAUGUGAGGAAGUGAAGUCUUCUAAUGAAGAAGUCAAGGAUCCAGUUGCAGAAGAGGCUAGAGGGCCAGGUUUUGGAGAUUAUUGAUUAGUAGAGAGAGUAUGAUUGUGUUUAACACUGAGAUGUAAUCAAACAGCAGCCUGACAUAGGAAUUGUAAUUGCCUAGUGAUCCAUGCCCAAGUGGAAAGCCAGUGAGAUUGCAUUUGCUGUAGACCUGUUGUGAUCAUAAGGCACACUGCAGUGGGUUCAGGUCCUUGCUUAGGCAGGAGUUGAUUCUGGUCAUGACCAAUCUCUCAAAGCAUUUCAUCACAGUAGAUAUGGGUGUAACUGGGUGGUGAUCAUUGAGGCAGCUCACCCUGCUCUUAUAACAUAUAUAACAUAUAACAAUCACAGCACGGAAACAGGCCGUCUCGGCCCUCCUAGUCCGUGCUGAACUCUUA